CGUCACCGUCAUGUGGGUAGCUCGAGGGCUUCCUCGCGUGAUCAAGCGUGAGUCCGAUGCAUCCGUCGUGGCGUUCAGCACGCUGGGGCAAUGGAAGGUCGAAGUGACACCAACUAGCAUCCAAUUGCAGUGUAUGUACCAUAAAGAUGCGCCGCCAUUUCCUCCAACACGCCUUGCUCGAGAAACGGAGUCGACCCCUCUCGCAAGCGCGUUUCUCCCAAGCAACGACACAUCAAGAAUUGUCGUGCUCACUCCCACGACCCUUGAAAUGUACAGCUACGUGUUGGAUUUGACGGAUGGCGUGCGACUUCAUGCCCAUGAAUCCAUAACGUUUGGAAAGGACGGCGUCGAAGAAGGCACAUGCCUUGCCGUAAACGAAGAUCAUAUCUUUAUCGGGACGUCAAUCGCUCGAACUAUGAUCUUCCGCUGGGCGGUCAUGGGCAACGGAGGCCACGUCAUUGCUCCCCUCGAUUCCUUCAACCAACUUCAUGCCACCACGGCAACAGGCACACUUCAAUGCACUUCCAUUGCAUGCAACUCGUCAUUCCACUUGACGAGUCGCGUUGUUCUCGCGGCCUCCUUUUCCGACGGGACCUGUGCAGUGCUGACAUUCAAACCGCCCACAGCAUCGUCCGCGUUCCAUUUGGAUCAUCUCGAAGUCGUGCGACAGGUAUCCAACAGCACGAUCGUUGCGCUUGACGCAGAUGCGGGGCUGCUGGCAGUCGGGACAACAACCAGCGUCGUGCACUUGUUUCGGCUUCACCAUCCCAAACGAAGAAGCGACGCAUCGUGGUCAUCCCGAUCGAGUGCCAUCCUGCGAAUGGACGACACGCCGUUGGUUCCGCCAGACGAUGAUUCUGUCAACCUUUCGUUGGGGCUGUGGGGGUAUUCCAGCGACGACGUUGGCCCAGUAUCGAGUCUGGCAUUCACGGACGACGGUCGUGCCAUUGCCAUUGGGUACGCCCGCCGUGGCCUGAGUGUGUUUUCAACGGACGGAUGCAAGUUGAUGUCGACAUUACACCAAGUGGGUGUGGGUCCGUCCAAGACUGAAGUUGCUCCAUACGGUGUUCAGCGCGUGAGUUGGAGCCAUGCCGCGUUGACGUUGGCAAUUCUUCCCAAUGGCCAACCUGCUGAGCUUUCGACGAUUUACGAUCGAGAAGUACCAAAUAUUACCCUCUUUUCCGUGGUCGACGUCGAGUUGUCCAAAGAUGAAGAUGGUUUGUGCUUGUCGCUGGCGGGGGAGCCAAAUCAACCAGGUGCGUGGGUGCGAAGCGAGGAGCCGUUCGUUCCUCGGACCAGUGACGGUCGCCCUGGCCCGGCCGAAUUGUCGAGAAAAUUGCAAGGCGGUGAACUCUUGCUGUCGAUCGACGGAUCACCCAUGUGGCAAAGUCCCUUCGAGGAGAUCGUGCAUCGACUCAAGGAGGUCCCAGUCGGGUCCACUGUUGCCAUCACGUUCCUCGUGGUGUGCGAUGAGGAAGCGUUUUCUCUGGCCGUGGACGCUUUGAGCAGCGAAACAUUUCGCACGUCGCAUCACGUUGAAUGGACCACGGACCAUUCCAUUUGGGAGUACAGCUUGCGCAUGCAAGCUCUUCAUGGCGAUUGUAACACGGGCACAGCACCCACGUCGCUGUUGGAUUUUGAAGCAAAUGCGAGAUUCAACGGAUGGGCUGCGCUGCGCGAUUGUUCCAAGCGCGUGGCCUUGCAUCGGUACGUCAAGUUGUACUUGAGUCUAUUUCCAACGGUAUCGCCUCUCGAAGCCCUCGAGCUUCUGGAGCCCGACAGUAUUACCUCGUCGCCGACUCGAGCUUCGACGCCACAAAUGCCUUUGUUCCCAUCGGUGGUGCUGCUCGAUUUUGCCCGAUCUGUGCUUCCUCUCGACCGCAGCGAUCUCCACUUGCUAGAGUCACAGGGUGUCGUGAUGGUAUCUUCUCGGAGUUGCAACGACCCAUGUGGCGUUCUAAGCUCGGUGACGGCUCCUGUUCCAACUACGUAUGCCCAGGCCAACUUUCCCAUGCAGCACUUGGCCGUGAAUUCUACCAACACGCGCCUGGCAGUUGCUGGAACGCGAGGUUUUGCCCUCCUGAACAAGCGGACAAACAAGUGGCUCAUGUUUGGAAGUGAGCUGGAAGAGCAGUCGUUUGGUGUGGUUGCCAUCACGUGGUGGAAAGACGACAUGGUCGUGGCUCUCGUUCGUGAGUCCAACCAAGCGCUUUUUCUGGACGCAUUUCCUCGGAACAGAUUGGAUAUGGAGUCGCGCAAGGCCCACAUUGCCGUCUUAAAUGAUGUCCAUGCACUCACAGUGGACGACGAUGCCGUAUAUUGUUUGUCUGACUCCAAGUUGUGGGUGUACCGCAUCGCCGCUUCAGCGACCGUCGAGAGCAGUGCGUUUGCGUUCAGUUUGCGGCUGUGCCGGACGGAGCCGUUGCCCCUCUGUAAUGCAGUCGUCGGUCGGACGCGUUGCUUCAGCGUUGUGCCGCGGCUGCAACGGCGCAUUGGUCACGAAUCGGAAUCCAACUCGUGGUUUGGAGGGAUGAUGUGGUCUCUGUUUUCUGAGCCCACUUCUCAAUGGACGAUUCCUCGCUUUCUUAUCCUCGAUCAAGUGAAUAACGCAUACCUCUGGGACCCUGAAACGAAAAUCCAGACGCUGCUUGCGACAGGCAUAUCUCAAAUCUCUCACUGGUCGCCCCGAGGCUGGCCGCUGUUGUGCUCCCAUGUUGUGGGACUGUACGGUCGCCACGGCUACCAAGUGUGGUGGCCGUUCUUGGAAGGCAUUGCAUUUGCGCCGCCAGUCAACGAUGAUGUGGCGAUUCAAUUUCUCCAGGCAAACGAUCCAUUUCGAUCCAAGCAAGUCGCGCCCAACCUGUCCAACACAUUGACGUGGGAAUCGUAUGUUCGUCUUUUGGCGGAAUACGGCGUCCACUUGCAAUCGGGCGAUGCUGGAUUUGGCUGCUCGAUGCCCAUGCUCUUGGAUCCGCUCUUGCGGUUCAACCCGGAAGUGCAGAUCCUUGGAGUACAUCCCGACUUUGGUGUCCUCGUGGGAGCGCUUCAAGAAAAUUACAUGGGUGUGUUUGACGUGUCGUGCCGCGUACAGCCAUUUGUGCACACGACCAUUUGUUAUUUGCUCGUCCACCACCAAACCGAGAUGGCGGCGGCGAUUCGUCAUGCCAUAUCUCGACGAUGUGCGCUGACGACUUUGACGCAAGAGCUGGUCCUUGUCACAAUACUCGACAACGUCUACCAGACAAAGUGGAACGUGGCCGUGUUGGAGAAGGCGCUAGCGCUGCUGAAGGACACCGACCAUGACAUGGAAACGUACUGCGAAAUUGUGGCCAACGUGGCGCGAAAGGUUGAACCGAAUCGCCUGUCGUUGCUCUUCCCGUUAGCCGGUGACCCCACGCAGUUGCUGCAACUGUGCCGCCAACGCAACGAAGUCCGAACGGCAGCAAAUUUUCUGUUGUGCUUGGAUGAGUCGGGGACAGCGAACGAACCAUCUACGUUCCGGCCUCGAACAAACAGCUACGCCCAAUUCCAAUCACGCAGUGCCGUUGCGUUUGAACUGCUCGUGGAUUGUUGCGAAAAGGACCAGUUGGCGCUGGCGAUGCAAGUCGUACGAGUCGCGAGGGCUUGGGAACCAGACCAUUAUCGAUCGAACAACCAACAGUACGAUCGAUACAUUGACGAGCAAGUGGGGAAAUACGCGUUUCAGAUGUUGGUCCAGCACCGAUUCGAUAAAGUGGUUUGGCUUCUGACGCAAGUCGAAGCCGCCCUGCCGACACUACAUGGCGAAGAGCUUGGUAUUCACGACAAGAACGUCCAGUUGAUCCAAGCGCGACUGUUGGCACUGCUAACUCCAGCCCAACUGAGGGCUAAGCUUUCGUGGGUGGUAGAAAACUACAUGCCGGUGUCACUGCAGCGCGCUACGAGCAAUGGGCGAGUCUGAUCAAAAACUUGCUCGAACAGUCACCUCCUCGACUCCAUCGACUCCAACCCAAGACGUAAUACCAUCGUCGUUGGCAUCCACUCCGUCGAAAGUCGUGAUUCCAAAAGUCGGCGGUGACGUUACGGAGCGCGCCUUUGCGAGCUUUCUCCAAGACGACCUCUCUGUCCACUCAAACAACUGUACGAUGUUGUGGUAACAGGGGAAUUUUGUCUUGACAACCUUAAGGUGGGUGGUGGGC